AUGUCAGGACCAGAAGUGGAGAUUUCAGAAGGUAAAAUAAGAGGAAAAGUGUGCAAAACCUAUAAUGGAGUACAAUUUUACACGUUUAAAGGAAUUCCCUAUGCAAAACCACCUAUUGGCGAUUUGAGAUUUUCUAUGCCUCAACCACCCGAACCCUGGGAUGGUGUAAGAGAUGGUACAAAGGAAUGUAAUAUUUGUCCACAAUUUGAUAAGGCAACUGCCACCUUUGUAGGUGAUGAAGAUUGUCUUUAUUUAAAUGUGUAUGCACCACUUACUUCAAAUGAAGGCAAGAAAUUACCAGUAAUGGUAUUCUUUCAUGGUGGUGGCUUCAUAUUUGGACAUGGCACAGAUGAUUCUGCACAUGGCCCUGAUUUUCUUAUUGAAAAAGAAGUUGUUAUUGUUAGUUUGAACUAUAGACUAGGUAUCCUGGGAUUUCUAUCAUUGGAUCGAAAAGAAGCACCUGGCAAUAUGGGCCUUAGAGAUCAAAUGCUUGCACUUAAAUGGGUUCAAAAAAAUAUAUCCCAAUUUGGUGGUGAUCCUAAAAAUGUAACAAUUUUUGGUAUAAGUGCUGGGGGAGCAUCUGUGGAGUAUCUUCUUUUGUCCCCAUUAACAAAAGGUUUAUUUCAUAAAGCGAUUGCGCAAUCGGGUUCAUCCCUCUUGCAUUGGGCUCAAAAUGGAAAAGUUAAAGAACUUGCUGCAACAAUACCUUUGUUAAAGAAAAAAGUAAUUAAAGAUGACGACCAAUUAUUAAAAUAUUUAAAAGAAAUGCCGGUAAAAGAGCUGAUAGAAACGUCAAUGUUAGCAAUAGGAACCGAUAAUAGUCGAGGAGGCAUUCAUUUCGGUUUCGUGCCUACGGUGGAGAAGUCGGGAGAUUGGGAGCAAUUCAUUAGCAAAUCUACAUAUGAAAUGUUAUCAAAGGGCGAAUUUGCAAAAGUGCCUUUUAUGAGCGGAUUUUGUACACGCGAAGGACUUUUAGUUUUACCCGCUUGCCCUUCUAAACUUGACAAUUUGGUGACUGAAAAAUCGUUUAUCUCGCACCUGCCUUUUGAUUAUGAUGAUACAGAUAAACACGAACUUGAAAUUAAAUUAAAAGCAACUUAUUUAGAAGGUGAAAAAACGCAUAAAGACGACGAUUACUAUGCAAUAGAUUUCUUUACAGACGUUGACUUUUUAGGUGGCAUUUAUGUAGCGACAACUCUGAUAGCAAAAAAUAAUGCACCAGUAUAUUUCUAUGAAUUCGCUUAUGAUGGAUGUUUGAAUUAUUUAAAAAAGAAGUUGAACAUUGAAAGGGAAGGAGCAUGUCAUGGCGAUGAUGGCGGAUAUUUGAUUAAGUGUGAUCUGUUCAAGGAUGAGAAUAUUCUAGGUAAAGAUAAACUGGUACGAGACAGAAUGGUUGCAAUGUGGACAAAUUUUGCAAAAUAUGGUGACCCUACACCAAAAAUUGAUAAUUUGAUAACCACAAAAUGGGAACCAGUCGGUGAUAACCAAAUGGCGUAUCUGGUCGUGGACGAUAAAUUGACUAUGAAGAACAAACCUUAUCCGAAAAGAACAAAACUGUACGAAGAACUUUAUAAAACAUUUAACAGUUUUUAG